AUUGCAAAGAAAAAGUUUUCCUACAAUAAUCAGAGGUCGCCUGCUUCCCCCUUUCCCAGCGAGAGAAAGAGAGAGAGAGAGAGAGAGAGAUCCGUCGUCAAUGGCUUCGUCGGGUUCCUCGUCCAAAAGCCUAAUCCAGUCGGCCGUCCAGACCUUCAAGAGGUUCUUCAGGAAACCCUGGGAGAUCACGGGCCCCUGCUCCCAUCCUGAGUACCGGAAUGCUGUCCCUCGUGCCAACGAAUACCGUCGCUUCUGCCCUGCCACGCCGAACGCCCUGCCCGUCAUCCCCACCGCCAAUCCGGAGAACGUCUACGACAUCAAGUAUUUCAACCGAGAUCGCCGCCGCGACCUCCCGCCCAAGCGUGUCACCAUCUACCGGAAGGAGGACGCCCUGAAGCAGAUGCGCGAGAAGAAGACGUUCGACGUCACCGAGUUCCCUAGGGUCUUCCUUACGGCAAGAAUGGUGCAGGAACAAGACAGCCUGCCGGACGGCGGCUACCAGAAGUAGGUCAGAUGAGGAAAAGAAUGCUGCAGCAUGUCAGUGCGAUGAAAAGGGCUGAGUAAUUUUUGCUUGAGGAAAUAAGUGGUGUAGCAAUAAUGAGGAGAAAGGCUGCUUAGGCAUUGUUGAUCGGUUGACAAGAUUCAUUUACCCAGGCCAGAAUUUCUCAAAUGCAUAUAUUUUCUGUCUACUUGCUGUUAUUUCCUUCCACCACUUGAUGAUCUUGAAUUGAAACCAUGGGAUCUAUGGAUGCUGCUAAAACUGUAUCGUUAACUUGUGCAUGUUGCGGAGUGGGAGCCAAAGCUCCAGAGACUAAGAGUCAGUGGCAUUCAUCUGGCAAGUGAAUCAGAAGAGGACACAUAAGAUAACUUA